AUGUUUUGGUUAAUAUCAGUUGUAGAAAUAGAAUUAUUUUUCUCUCUUUGCUUGUAUAUUUUUUUCUCUCUUUGCUUCUGUUUCUAUUUUUCUCUUCUCUCUUUGCUUCUUUUCUCUCUCUCUCUCUCUGUUUCUGUUUUUAUUUUUUUCUCUUUUGCUUCUGUUUCUCUCUCUCUCUUUGCUUCUGUUUCUCUCUCUCUCUUUGCUUCUGUUUCUAUUUUUUCUCUCUCUCUCUCUCUCUUUGCUUCUGUUUCUAUUUUUCUCUCUCUCUUCUCUUUUUGCUUCUCUUUCUUUUUCUCUCUUUCUCUCUCUCUCUCUUUCUGUUUUUUUUCUCUCUCUCUCUUUGCUUCUUCUCUCUCUCUCUCUUGCUUCUGUUUCUAUUUUUCUCUCUCUCUCUUUUUGCUUCUGUUUCUUCUGUUUCUUUUUUCUCUCUCUCUCUCUCUCUUUGCUUCUGUUUCUAUUUUUUCUCUCUCUCUUUGCUUCUGUUUCUAUUUUUUCUCUCUCUCUCUCUCUCUUUGCUUCUGUUUCUAUUUUUUCUCUCUCUCUCUCUUGCUUCUGUUUCUAUUUUUCUCUCUCUCUCUCUUUUGCUUCUGUUUCUAUUUUUCUCUCUCUCUCUCUCUCUUUUUCUGUUUUUUUCUAUUUUUUUCUUCUCUCUCUCUCUUUCUUCUGUUUCUGUUUUUUUCUCUCUCUCUCUCUCUCUUCUGUUUCUAUUUUUUCUCUCUCUCUCUCUUCUCUCUUUUCUUCUCUUUCUCUUUUCUCUCUCUCUCUCUCUCUCUUUGCUUCUGUUUCUAUUUUUUCUCUCUCUCUCUCUCUUUGCUUCUGUUUCUAUUUUUUCUCUCUCUCUCUCUCUUUGCUUCUGUUUCUAUUUUUUCUCUCUCUCUCUCUCUUCUGUUUCUAUUUUUUCUCUCUCUCUUGCUUCUGUUUCUAUUUUCUCUCUCUCUCUUCUGUUUCUUUUUCUCUCUCUCUCUCUCUCUUUUUCUUCUGUUUCUAUUUUUCUCUCUCUCUCUCUCUCUUUUCUUCUGUUUCUUUUUUCUCUCUCUCUCUCUUUGUUCUGUUUCUAUUUUUUCUCUCUCUCUCUCUCUCUUUUUUUCUAUUUCUCUCUCUCUCUCUCUUUGCUUCUGUUUCUAUUUUUUCUCUCUCUCUCUCUCUUUUCUUCUGUUUCUAUUUUUUCUCUCUCUCUCUCUCCUUUUCUAUUUAUUUUUCUCUCUCUCUCUCUCUUUUACUUCUGUUUCUAUUUUUCUCUCUCUCUCUCUCUCUUCUGUUUCUAUUUUUCUCUCUCUCUCUCUCUUUUGCUUCUGUUUUUUAUUUUCUCUCUCUCUCUUUCUUCUUUUCUUCUUUUUCUCUCUUUUCUGUUUCUAUUUUCUCUCUCUCUCUCUUUGCUUCUUUUCUCUCUCUCUCUCUUUGCUUCUGUUUCUAUUUUUCUCUCUCUCUUUUUUCUAUUUUUCUCUCUCUCUUUUGCUUCUGUUUCUAUUUUCUCUCUCUCUCUUUUUCUUCUGUUUCUAUUUUCUCUCUCUCUCUUUUUUCUAUUUCUCUCUCUCUCUCUCUCUCUUCUUUGCUUCUGUUUUUUUUUUCUCUCUCUCUCUUUCUCUCUCUUUGCUUCUGUUUUCUCUCUCUCUCUCUCUCUCUUUGCUUCUGUUUCUAUUUUUCUCUCUCUCUCUCUCUUUGCUUCUGUUUCUAUUUUUCUCUCUCUCUCUCUCUUUGCUUCUGUUUCUAUUUUUUCUCUCUCUCUCUCUCUUUGCUUCUGUUUCUAUUUUUUCUCUCUCUCUCUCUUUGCUUCUGUUUCUAUUUUUCUCUCUCUCUCUCUUUCUUCUGUUUCUAUUUUUCUCUCUCUCUCUCUUUUUCUUCUGCUCUCUCUCUCUCUCUUUGCUUCUGUUUCUAUUUUUCUCUCUCUCUCUCUUUUUUCUGUUUCUAUUUUCUCUCUCUCUCUCUCUUUGCUUCUGUUUCUAUUUUUCUCUCUCUCUCUCUCUUUGUUCUGUUUCUAUUUUUCUCUCUCUCUCUCUUUUUGCUUCUGUUUCUAUUUUUCUCUCUCUCUCUCUUUGCUUCUGUUUCUAUUUUCUCUCUCUCUCUCUUUGCUUCUGUUUCUAUUUUCUCUCUCUCUCUCUUUGCUUCUGUUUCUAUUUUCUCUCUCUCUCUCUUUGCUUCUGUUUCUAUUUUCUCUCUCUCUCUCUCUUUUACUUCUGUUUCUAUUUUUCUCUCUCUCUCUCUCUUUGCUUCUGUUUCUUUUUUCUCUCUCUCUCUUUUGCUUCUGUUUCUAUUUUUUCUCUCUCUCUCUCUCUUUGCUUCUGUUUCUAUUUUUCUCUCUCUCUCUCUCUUUGCUUCUGUUUCUAUUUUUUCUCUCUCUCUCUCUUUGCUUCUGUUUCUAUUUUUUCUCUCUCUCUCUUUGCUUCUGUUUCUAUUUUUUCUCUCUCUCUCUCUUUUGCUUCUGUUUCUUUUUUCUCUCUCUCUCUUUGCUUCUGUUUCUAUUUUUUUUCUCUCUCUCUCUUUUUGCUUCUGUUUCUAUUUUUCUCUCUCUCUCUCUUUGCUUCUGUUUCUAUUUUAUUUCUCUCUCUCUCUCUUUCUUCUUUUUUUUUCUCUCUCUCUCUUUUUUCUGUUUCUAUUUUUUCUCUCUCUCUCUUUGCUUCUGUUUCUAUUUUCUCUCUCUCUCUCUCUUUUCCUUCUGUUUCUAUUUUUCUCUCUCUCUCUCUUUUGAUUUUUCUCUCUCUCUCUUUGCUUCUUGUAACAGGUGCUAGCUUACAAACAUUGGGCACUGGGUCCCUUUCUCGAAAUCUGUUCCCCACCCACCGUUUCUUUCUCAACUCUCCCCUAUCCCUCUUUCCCGGACUCUCUCCCAGACUCUCCCCCCACCCACAUUUUCCCGGACUCUCUCUCUCUCUCUCUCUCCAGGACUCCCUCCCCAUUUUCCCCCUGACUCUCCCCCCCCACAUUUUCCCCUGGACUCUCCUCCCCGACCACAUUUUCCCCCGGACUCUCCUCCCCGACCACAUUUUUCCCCCGGACUCUCCUCCCCCGACCACAUUUCCCCCCCGGACUCUCCUCCCCCGACCACAUUCCCCCCCGACUCUCCUCCCCGACCACAUUUCCCCCGGACUCUCCUCCCGACCACAUUUUCCCCCCUCUCCUCCCGACUCUCCCCCAGUCCCCCCCACAUUUUCCCCCCGGACUCUCUCUUUCUCUCUAGCAAGACUCUCUUUCUCUCUACCCCUCUUUCUUCUGAAUAAAAUUUUGAUCUAUUUAAGUUUUUUCUUCUCUCUCUUUCACUCUCUCUUUCACUCUCUCUCUCUCACUCUCUCUCUCACUCUCUCACUCUCUCUCUCACUCUCUCUCUCUCUCUCUCUCUCUCUCUCUCCUCUCUCUCUCUCUCUCUCUUCCUCUCUCUUUCCUCUCUCUCUCCUCUCUCUUUCUCUCUCUCUCUCUCUCUCUUUCCCUCCUCUCUCUUUCCUCUCUCUCUUUUCCUCCUCUCUCUCUCUCUCCUCUCUCUCUCUCUCACUCUCUCUCUCUCUCUCUCUUUCCUCCUCUCUCUCUCCUCUCCUCUCUCUCUCUCCUCCUCUCUCUUCCUCUCUCUCUCUCUCUCUCUCUCUCUCUCUCUCUCUCUCUCUCUCUCUCUCUCUCUCUCUCUCUCUCUCUCUCUCUCUCUCUCUCUCUCUCUCUCUCUCUCUCUCUCUCUCUCUUCUCACUCUCUCUCUCUCUCUCUCUCUUUCACUCUCUCUCUCUCUCUCUCUCUCUCUCUCUCUCUCUCUCUCUCUCUCUCUCUCUUUCACUCUCUCUCACUCUCUCUUUCACUCUCAAUUAUAUUAA